CGCCCCCUCAGUGACGAAGGCGACGGAGAAGAAAAACGCACGGUGGCCGGCUGUUUGUCUCCAUCGCGGUGAAAGGCGCAAAGCUGGAGAGACGAAGCGGAGUCGAAAGAGGUAGCUAACGGGUUUUUUGUAACCAUGGUGGGAGAAGACAAUAUAUCUCUAAGAAAUCGCCGAGCUAUGUACGGCACUGCGGAAGAGAAAGAUGACUUACCAAGCAGGCUGGAAGAAGACUGGCCGUCGUCUGCAUCAAGCAAUGGUCGAAUUGAUGUUGAUCUUGCAAUAACAAGAAAGAUGCGACUUUUAACAGAAGCAGAGCAGUUGAAGCCAGCAUUCAUGAAGGGUGUGGAGAAGCAUUUUACUGAAGUUGUCAAUAGUUUGAUUGCAAAUUCUGUGCUGCUGGAAUCUUCCCCAGCUGCUUUUCCAGAAAAAGACAGUUUCAAAAUCAAGGGAACAAGAGCACCUCCAGAACAUGGAAAAGUUUUUAUUCCCAGAAAGUCUCUCUUGGAUGAGUUAUUUGAAGUGAAUCAUAUCCGGACCAUCUACCACAUGUUUAUUGCUAUCCUCGUUUUGUUCAUCCUCAGCACACUUGUGGUGGACUACAUUGAUGAGGGAAGGCUUGUGCUAGAAUUUGAUUUCCUCGUUUAUUCUUUUGGCAAAAUUUCUAUCGUCAUUCCAACUUGGCUUUGCAUGUUCUCCUCCACGUUACUUGUGCCCUACGUCCUCUUUGUCCGCUGGGCCCAGGGGUUCCAUAGCUCCUCCCACAAGAUCAUCCGUUCCACUUUAUUUGGGACACUGUUUGUGAUGUUCCAAACAGUUUGUCUUGGAUUUGGACCAACUUACAUUGUUUUGGUUUAUGAUCUACCACCAGCUUCUCGUUUUAUAAUUAUACUUGAACAGGUACGUUUUGUGAUGAAAGCUCACUCUUUUGUCAGGGAGAAUGUUCCCCGAAUAAUCUCUGCUACUCCUCAAAAGUCAAAUUCUUUUCAUCUUCCUAAAGUUUCCCAAUAUCUGUAUUUUCUUUUUGCUCCCACUCUUAUUUACAGAGAUGAAUAUCCCAGAACACCUACAAUAAGAUGGAGCUAUCUGGCUACCAAGAUUGCACAGAUUCUUGGUUCAUUUUUCUAUGCUUACUACAUAUUUGUAAGACUCUGUAUCCCGACAUACCGGAAUUAUAGCUUGGAACACUUCAGUCUACGAGGACUAGUUCUUUGCAUCUUCAACUCUAUUCUUCCAGGUGUAUUGAUUUUGUUCCUGACCUUCUUUGCAUUCCUUCAUUGCUGGCUUAAUGCUUUUGCUGAGGUGCUCCGCUUCGCUGACAGAAUGUUUUAUCAGGACUGGUGGAAUUCUACAUCUUUUUCAAACUAUUACCGAACCUGGAAUAUCGUGGUACAUGAUUGGCUGUAUUACUAUGCCUACAGGGAUUUCCUUUGGUUCUUUGGGAAAAAAUUCAAAGCAGUUGCUAUGCUGUCAGUUUUCAUGGUUUCUGCUGCAGUACAUGAAUAUGUCAUGGCCAUUUGCUUGGGUUACCUAUAUCCAGUCAUGUUCUCCAUGUUCCUGUGUUUUGGAAUGGUUUUCAACUUCAUUCUCCAUGACCAGCGGAAAAACCCCAUUUUUAACAUCAUCAUGUGGGCGGCCCUCUUCCUUGGCCAUGGUGUCCUUAUUUGCCUUUAUGGGCAGGAGUUAUAUGCACGUCAGUAUUGUCCCAAGGAAAAUCCAACUUUUCUGGAUUAUGUGAAACCACGUUCCUGGUCUUGCCCUCCUCUUAAGAUAUGAAGACCUCUGGGAGUUGUCUUUAGAACCAAUAUCAGAAGAUGCUCUUUAGUCAAACAAUAACAAAUUGGGUCCAAUGAUAUAAAUGAGUUAGCCUUUUUUU